GAAAGGCGGCGCCGGUUCAGCGUGAUCUCCACGAGUUUACGAUAGUCCCUACGUGAGCUCAAAGAUCCAAUCAUACAACUGUUGAUCUGGUUUGUUAUUUUCUUAUUUUAUUGUUUUCUAAUUUUUGUUGUUCAUUGUUCAUCUUUUUAUUAUUCUAUAGUGCUUUCCUUCAUUGUUCAUUUUCCUGGGUAUUUUCAAGUCCGAGUUGCGGUGCUGUUGACGAUAAAAAGAAGUAGAUACCGUGGACACACCGUUACGCACACGACUCGACCCAGUCGUGAUUGCUUGUCGCAAAGCACCUCAGCGAGUGCUAUAAUUUCGCUGCUUCAUUGUUUCUUUUUAACUGCCUUUUCUUAUUUUUCCCCCAAACUGCAGGUUUCUGGUCGUGCUACGUGCUCCUUUGCGCCAACCUCACGCAUACAGUCGGUGCAGGCUUUUGUUACACACCGUCUCCUCUCUUUGGUGCGCAGGCGUACGCACCGCCUUCUCCUUUCCGAAAGCUAGACGGACUUCCAGCGGUUCUUUUUCAUUUAGUGCAUGUUGAAGCAUUCCUCUCGUAGUUUCUUUUUUUUUCUGCUUGCAGAAUCGUUUCCGUAAACGCCAUGGGAAAGGGUAGCAGUGGGCCUCCGGGUGUCAGCGGUGACGAGGCGGUGGUGGUGCCGCCGUCAUCACAAUCUGGUCCAUGUCAGCGUCUCCGUCGUGGCCCUGCAGCGCCGGUGACGCCGCCCUCGGCCAAGCGCAAGUCCGCUGCCCACAACAGGAUUUCUGCAAGAGGACGCAUUUACUACGCGAAGCUGGUCACAACCGCAACUACUAUUAUAAUUAUGAUGUGCAUCCUUUAUAACUCGAUUGGAAGCAUCAUCACAGUCCCAAACGUAAAGAUCGUACCGGUGCAGCCCGUGCAGGUGGAGUCAGGGAAGGCCAACCCCAUUGCGCUCAUUAUGCCGCUCGUCGGCUACCCGCUGAGCAACAGCACAGGAGUGGAGUUACUGCGUGAGCUGCUGCAGCCGCUGCUGCUGUCGGAGGCGGCACUGUGCUACCGCGCGGCCGACGGAGCGGCGGUACCGGUGGCGGCGCACGCAGUCGUCGUGAGUCGCGUGUCGGCCACUGCGGUGCGGAGUGCGGUGCGUGGCGUGUUGGCGAAGGGCUCGACGACGGCGGGGUCGGCGGUGGCGGCGGCCGAGGCGGGCGGGUCGCUGACGUCCGGUGCGCGGUGGCGGACGUGGGAAGUGAGUGCUGCGUCGGUGCGCUCGGCCCUGCGACUGGCGAACGCGAGCGACGGCAGAGGUGCGCGGUGCCUGGCGGAGGCGGUGACGGUGGUGGCGCGUGCGGUGGAAGACGGCGACUCGCUUUACGACAAGGAGCCGGCGGAGAUGCUGGAGGUGCUGGUGGACGCGGGUCUGCGGACGCGCGGCGGGGGUGCGGGGACGCACUUUGUGGUGCUGCCGUCCUUCUUGAGCGCGUCGAGGAUGGCGUACACGGAGCCGGACGAUGCGUCGGAGGCGCGGCGCGCGGGGACGGGGCUGUUGGAUGCGCUGCUGCGGACGGCGACGACGCGCAACGGCGGUCGUGUGGCGGCGGCGCAGUGCACCAUCCUGGCAACGGCGGAGCAGCCCGGCUCGCCUUCCCUCUUUCCGCCCGGUCUGGUACGAGCGGAGCUGUCGCCGCACGACCUGCAACGCCUGCAGGUGCUGGAGAAGGCAGCCAUUGUGGGCAGCACCUACGACGCGGCGAUGCUGGUGCCUUUUCUGGCGCGGCGGUUCAGUGGGUACCUCGCCACGGAUCAACGCGCCUCGUGGGAGGAGGUGGUGGACGCGGUGUCGCUGAACUGCGGUAUCUUCAGCCGCAGCCUCUACAACGCCGUCGGCGGCCUCGCAGGCGCCCUCUCCGUAAGCGGCGCGCAGCACCCCUCGAGUACGCUUCCCGAUCACGUGCUGGCUGCGCCGGACCGCGGGGGGUGGGCGCUGUCGCUGCGGAUGCAGGAGGUGUACCCGGACUGGCAGGUGUGGAGCAGCCGCGGCGUGGCGGUGCUGCGGGACGACCUUACGGCGGGGCGCAGCAGCCCGAUAGUCCAGAGCCUCUUCUCUGCCCUUUUCUCUCUCCGCGACGCGUACGGAAGGCGAAUGCAUCCGCUGCUCGCGGGGCUCCAGCGACGCCGCGUGGGGCAGCCGUGGCGCACCCGCCAGACACAGCUGCGAAUGUGGAACAGCACCGCUGUCCCUUCGCAUUUCCCGGCCGUAAUCUCCUAUGAGACCGACUUUCCCUGUGCCUGCUGUGGCCUCAACCGAGAGGCGAUGGGCUACAUCCGGCCCUUGAUGGAGCGGUACGCGAUUCGCACCCAUAUCGGAAGGCAGGUGUGUCAGAAACCAGGCGGCGCUGUGCUGGACGCGGCCUACCACACAAGCCGCUACAAUCGUGUGUUGUCGGCGCCGGUGGGCACGGAAGCUGAUGAUUCGUAUUGGCAUGAGGAGUUGAAACGGCGGGCCCGCGUGUUCUUCUUGCAUAUGCGUGCCUAUCGUAAUACGGCCCACCUCCCCACGCAAGGUAGUGUGGUGAGCGUGAAGAUCGCUCGCAGCCUCAGCGAGCUGUCCAACAUCCCACCCAACUGGGUCCAACCGCUGCGGGAGUCGCGGGACCAAAUUUGGGCCACGGCGGACUUCUUCGCCACGAUCUACCGCCGCAACGGCAUCGAUCCGGCGAAGAUACGCGUCGUGCCGGAGGCGGUGGACGUGUACGACUUCGACCCGGCAAACUACGAGCGUGAGCCCAUCACAAUCCCUCCAGGCGACACGGCCAGUUUCGACAGUCUGCCAGAUCUAGCGCCGGAGGAGCGGCUGCAGCGCUACGUGUUCUUAUCGAACUUCAAGUGGGAGGCUCGGAAGGGGUGGGAUGUGCUGCUCGGUGCGUACUGGGACGCCUUUGGCCCGCACGCCCCACCGGAGCUGCGCGGCCGCACGACGCUGGUGAUCAAAACACAGUUUAAGAAUCGCUACGCGGAGGACGCCAGGUGCUCCGAUUUAGUGCACUUUAUUGAGAGGUGGGGAAUGAUGGGCCAUCUGCACGGCAUGCGGGGGGUCGAGGACCUCCCUCAUGUUGUGGUGCUAUGCACUUCGAUGAGCGGCCCGCAGCUGACACAGCUGUACGCGAGUGCGGACGCCUUCGUGUUCCCGUCAAAGGCGGAGGGCUGGGGGCUGCCGGCGACGGAGGCGAUGUCGAUGGGGCUGCCGGUGCUGCUCACGGAGUGGAGUGGGCUGCGCGGCUUCAUCACACCGGACACGUGCUUCCGCAUCCCGCUGGACGGGCUGGAGGAGAUCGCACCCGACUCACCGUACAGGUACAAGGAGGGGAUGAAAAUGGCUGUGCCGAGCCGAGAGAAGACGGCGGAGCUGAUGCGGUAUGUGCUGCAACACCCGGAGCACGCGCGGCGUGUGGGGCAGCGGGCACGUGCGCUGAUGGUGCGUGAGAUGAGCGAGGAGGCGGUGGCGGAUGCGAUGGAUAGUCUUUUCAUUGAAACCGUGACAGCACGUCUCUAA